UUGAUGACUAGCAGCUCUGAUUUUUCCUCAUUUUGUGGAUAGAUUUUUGAUCCGCUUAAUAAGUGCUGUUAAACAAAAAAAAAAAAAGGAAUAAUGCGCAGCAUGUUUUCGAAUCGCUACGAUAAUAAACGUAAUGAGUUCUACGAUAACUAUGAAGCAGCCAGAGAACUGCAUCCGAGUUUACCCUUGUACGAGCGGCCAGUGGAGCCGGACGAGUUGAUGGCCUUCACUCCCUCAAGCGACAGGCGCUUGAAGUCCUAUCGCCAGGUGGCCAAUCAUUCGCGGGAGCAGCUGCUGAGCGAAUCCUGGCUGUCCAGCCAUACACUGCCCAUAGCGGUGCGCCGCAAUCUCGAGCGGAGGAUUCAAAGGCUCCUGAUGCCCAGGUACGAUCCGGCGGUGGCCACUCACGAAUUUAGCCACAAUGGUAUGCCACGUCGUGGUCGUCCUCCCUCCGCCGCCACCAUGGCCAAAUUCGUUUCCAAUUUUGCCGUUCAAGUUGGCGGACUUCCUUGUCCCAUUAAGGAUGAGGUUGAGGUUGAGGUUGAGGAUGAGGAUGAUAGCCAGGAGACGGAUGACUUCAAGGAUUCGGAAGAAUACGAACUCAUCGAUGUCGUGGGCUACUGCGACCCGGAAUCGGUGCCGGUGUCAGAUGUUGUCCUCAAUUUGACCAAAUUCGAACAACUGCAAGAGGUGGGCAAGCAGGACUGCGUAUAUGCGAUGGCCAAUAGGCGUAAGAAAAUGACCAAAGACGUAGGCCACAAUUUGUCUAUGGACCUGCAGCAGGAACAGAACCAUUACCCACCUCCGAUCUCCGAUCUCGACGAGGACAAGGAAAAUAUCCCACUUAUUUUCACGGUAAACUCAUUUUUGGAGGACUAUGAGACAAACACUCGCUACUUUGUUUGCCCAGUGAAAAGUUGCCAGGAGAUAUUUGUACUGCGUCGCGAUUACUACAAGCACCAGCGCGAUUCCGGGCACCACAGCUGGUCACACAAGUGCGACAAGUGUGGCCAGAUUUUCCGCACAGCGGGCUUCAAACGCAUGCAUGCCAACAAAGCCUGCGAACUCAAUCUGAAGAAAAAGAAAUUCAAAACCGAAUGAAAUUAAGCAACUUGUUCGGGAACGAUGCCGGAAUAAAUCCCUCCUACCUCCGUCACUUAUUUUUUCUUUCUGUCACACGGCGAUAAAUGUAUUGUCAUAAAACAAAUAAAUAUUUUGCAUUUUAAAA